AGCGGUAGUCAGUGCAGCGCGCCGAGGCCGCCUAGAGCUUUGCAAAGCCUGUAUAUACGCGAUACUCGUAUCCGACGUAUACCGCGGCGCUGCUCGUGCACGUGCGAGUGUAUGUGUGCCGUUGACGAUUGCAACUUCGAUCUUAGAACGAAGCAACGCGUCUCGCGCGAAUCGCGUCUCUCUUUCUCUCCAGGUCGGCCGCAGCGAGCAAAAUGACGGUCCGUCCGAGGCCUAGGCUGGGCCUGGGUCUGCUUCUUGGAUGUUACGCCAUCAGUCUGGUUUACGCGGGGACGAGGCCGAGCUUCGUGUCGGACAAGAUGAUCGAGACCGCGUCGACGGUCGUCAACGCCUGCCAAAUUCAGACGGGCGUCACCACCGCGGACAUCGAGUCGGUGCGCGACGGUCAAUGGCCCGAGAGCCAGGAGCUCAAGUGCUACAUGUACUGCCUGUGGGAGCAGUUCGGCCUCGUCGACGAGAAGAACGAACUCAGUCUCAACGGCAUGCUGACCUUCUUCCAGCGCAUCCCGGCCUAUCGCAACGAGGUGCAGAACGCCAUCAACGAGUGCAAGGCCCUCGGCAAAUAUUUCGCGACCGGCGACAGUUGCGAGUACGCCUACACCUUCAACAAGUGUUACGCCGAAAGAUCGCCAAGGACUUACUAUCUCUUCUGAAGAGACAAACAGACAAGCGAAGAAUGAACAAAGGAGAAAAAAAAAUCCAAUUUGAAUCAAUUCAAUCCUGAGGAGGGAUUGAGACUCUCGCCUAUUUAUAUACAUCAACGACUAAAUGACACUUGCUCGCCGUUGUAGUCGUCGUCGUCGUCGUCAUUGUGCCUAUACGAGCCGAGCUUGUAACCUAGUAUUCGGGCUUUGAGUGCAUAACAUUAUAUACAUACAUACAUCCUAUAUAUUAUUCAUCGCGUUGCGUUGCUGGUUUUUCCUAACGAGACUCGCAACAUCGUCUCGUCAUCGUCGCGUCUCUCGGCUUCCUAUGUGUGUCGAAAGAAAAUAAAUCAGAUCUGGACGCACGAUAUUUUUCUCUCUCUCUCUCUCUCCUUCAUCGUUAAUUACAUUUUGUAAGUGAAAAUAAAGAUAAAGAGCUACUAAUGAAAAUGAUUGAUGAAUGAAGUAACUAGCCAUGUACCUCCUCUGUAGUAAUUCCUCUGUACUUUUUCAAUAAGAGUUCUAAAAAAACUGACACAAAAACUUGGGCACACCCUGUUAGGAAUGAAUUUUUCUUAUUAUUCAUGAAAAAUAUUAAUUGAAAAAAGGAAUUCCAAUUUUUUAAUUUUCAACUUAUAAAAAAAGUACAUUUUCAUUGAAAUGUACUUAAUGCGUUACGGUACUAUUAAAAAAUGUUCAAUUAUCCGUGAACGGGUCAAUUUCAAUGACACGAAGUUCUGCUAUUUAAUAUCUCGAAAAGGAACGACUCAAGAAAAAAAAAUUAUGAAAAAAAGUUUCUUGAUAUCGAUCAAAGAAUACGUAUGCAUACAAAUUUUUUAAAACAACUUGAACACAUUUCCAAAGAACCAAAUUGAACAAUCCUUUAACAAAGUAUUAGAAAUUAUCAACUGCUCGAGU